AUGUACACCGAAGGCAAUGCAGAAGAGCGGAAAUCCUUUGAACAAGACUUACUUGCGAGUCUGCAAGCGCAUGGGUUCGCAAAGCUCAUCAACUAUGGGAUGCACAAAGAGUACGUUGACACGUUGAUGAUGUGGUGUCGAAGCUUUUUCACACUGAACCAAUCAACCAAAGACAAGAUUCGGAAUCAGAAGGGCCCGAAACCACAGCGAGGCUUCAGUGGAGUUGGCGACGAGAAUCUUGACACUUUUGCUUUGGAUGGCACAGAAAGUAGUUGGAUUGAUGUCAAGGAACACUUGGACCUAGGUCCGCGCAAUGAUACCAUGUUCCCCAAUCAGUGGCCGCCUGAAACACAAGCCAAUGGUCUUAUUGGCUUUCGUCGUUUCAUGGAAUCUUACUUCGACGUUGCCUCGAACUUGAGCCGCCAGCUCCUCUCUAUUCUGGAAGACGCGCUUGAGGUGAACCAUGGGACUCUGACAAAACUUUGCGACCGCCAUGACAACGAGCUGCGGCUGAAUCACUACCCGGCCAUUUCAGUAGAAGACAUCACAAGUGGUCGUGUGCGAAGGUCAGGGGCUCACACCGAUUUCGGAACGCUGACGCUUCUUUUCCAAGACAACAGCGGCGGGCUGCAAAUAGAGGAUCGGAGCAGCAAAUCUCCGCAAGUGAAGUUUGUGUCGGUAGAUGCAAAAGAUCCAUAUCAGCUGGUGAUCAAUGUAGCGGAUACGCUGCAACGCUGGACCAAUGAUAUCAUUCCUGCGGGCCUGCACCAAGUCACACUGCCAGAGUCCAGCCAAGGUGAUGACAGGGGUAUGCUGAAGGAUCGAUUCUCUGUUGUUUUUUUUCAAAAAGGCAAUCGUGACGAGUCGGUUGGAUCAAUGCCAGAUUUUGUAAGCGAGAAGAAACCGGCUAGGUACGAGCAUCUGUCAGCCAUUGAGUAUCACAAGCGAAGACAUACUGUGAUAUAUGGGUGA